AUGCACGAAUCACCGGCAAAAUUGUCACGUAAAGAAUUGAGACUGGAAGGUAUCAUGAAUGAAUUAUCGGUUGACGUGAUGGAAGAUAUCAUAAUGAGCAACGACGCGUCUACAGACAAUGUACUUUUUCCAGAAUCCCUUCAGCAUCUGUGUCGGAAAGUGUGUAAACAAGAAAAUCAAACAAUCUCUUGCUAUUAUAAGUUUGGGAAAGCACUUAAGGAUCGACUUGAUGAAUUUAUAGAGAAAAAACACGUAAAUGCUCGAGAAACAUUAAGCAAAGAAGUUUGUGGUAAUUUUCCACCUGGUACUUCUCCCAAUUUAGUAAAGAAAAAAAUGGAAAAGGCUCGAAAGAUAUACGAUCUUUUUAGUGUUAUAGGUGAAAACAAGAUUCAGCGAGUUCGUUCAUUCUCUGUGGACGCGAUUUCAUCACUUACGAAAGAUGAAAUUG